AUGGCCGAGUCCGCGGAGCUGGAGGGCCCCCCCCCAGGUCACCAGGGGCCGUCUGAGGCCCCACUGUCUCUGGCAGAGAAACCUGGCGAGCCGGGGGCCGCGGGCCGGAGGGCGGAGCGGCAGGAGUCCAGCGAGGGCGCCGCGGAGGCGCCGAGGGGCGAGGGGGCCGGCGCAGCAGCGACUGUCGCGGUGAACCAGGCAGAAGGCACCGAUCCGGACGCAGGGCGCGCGAGCGAGCCGGAGCCGGGCGUGGACAGUGGCCCGGGGGCCGAGACGCAAGGCGCGAGGGCAGCGCAGGGCGAGGCGGAGACCGAGGAGGGCGCCCCGGGGUGCGCCGAGGUCCCCCAGGGAGAGGAGGCGAGCGGCGCAGAGCCGGUGGAGGAGGCGAGCUCCGGCCGCGGCACGCAGGGCGAGGCCUCGAGGGAGAUUCAGGGGGAUUCCGGGGAGACCGAGGUCCCCGGGGCGAAGGAGAAAGCGGAGCAAGGGCCAGAGGAACCCGGAGGCGGCACGCCGGGGGCGCAGGGGGCCGGCAUGGAAGCCGCGGGGCACGUGGGAGGGGCGCUCGGGGCCGAGGGUGAACCCCGGGACCGAGGGGAUCUUAACUCCCCGCCCCAGGUCGAGCCCACCGAGGCCGCGGCGGCGGAGAUUGGGGGGUGCGGCCCCGGGGAGCUUGCAGAGGAGCCUGGGGGUGCAGCGGCGGGCGCCGCCGCCGACGAGGCGGGGGCGUCGGGGACAGAGGAGUCGGAGGAAGUGGCCCCCGGGGACUCGAGGGCGGAAGCUGUCGAGGACGGGGACCAGGGUGAACCGCAAGAGGAGAUGGAGGAGGCCGAGGAGGAGAGGCGAGAGCGCGGCCCGGAGGUGCCAGGUGAGCCGGUCGCAGCCGGGGUCGAGGAGGAGCCCCCAGACAGCAGCAGCGGGCGGGCAAAGGCGGCCUCGCCAACCGGGGCGGCGGAGACCGAGGCCGAGCUCAGCAACCACCUGGCGGAGGAGGGCAGCGUCGAGGGCCGGGAGGAGACGGAGCCGGUGAAUGGCGGAGGAGAGGAUGGCGAGACGUCAGAAGAGGGGGCCCCGAGGCAGGAGCACGACAUCACCCUCUUCGUGAAGGCUGGUUACGAUGGUGAGAGUAUUGGGAAUUGCCCGUUCUCCCAGCGCCUCUUUAUGAUUCUCUGGCUAAAGGGCGUUAUAUUUAAUGUGACAACAGUGGACCUGAAGAGGAAACCCGCAGACCUGCAAAACCUGGCUCCUGGAACAAACCCUCCCUUUAUGACUUUUGAUGGCGAAGUCAAGACGGACGUGAAUAAGAUCGAGGAGUUCUUAGAGGAGAAACUAGCUCCCCCGAGGUACCCUAAGCUGGGGACCCAACACCCUGAAUCUAACUCUGCAGGGAAUGAUGUGUUUGCCAAAUUCUCCGCAUUUAUAAAAAACACCAAGAAGGAUGCGAACGAGAUUUAUGAGAAGAACCUGCUGAAGGCCCUGAAGAAGCUGGAUAAUUACUUAAAUAGCCCUCUGCCGGAUGAAAUUGAUGCCUACAGUACCGAGGACAUCGCUGUUUCUGGAAGGAAGUUCCUGGAUGGGGACGAGCUCACAUUAGCUGACUGUAACCUCUUACCCAAGCUCCACAUUAUAAAGAUUGUGGCCAAGAGAUACAGAGAUUUUGAAUUUCCUUCUGAAAUGACUGGCAUCUGGAGAUACUUGAACAAUGCUUAUGCUAGGGAUGAGUUCACGAAUACGUGUCCAGCUGACCAGGAGAUUGAACAUGCAUAUUCAGAUGUUGCAAAAAGAAUGAAGUGAAGCCAGAGUGUUUUCCGUCUUAUUUUCAGUUGUUUGAGCUAGGCUGUGAUGCGAGUGUGUUCUUUGUGAGUGUACCAUUUGUAUUCCUUCCAAUAACCAUGAUGCCCCUAUUUUAAUAAUACUGUAUCAUAGCUAAAUGGUACAUGGCCUUGUGAUUUGUCAACUCACUUGUGUAUCUGAAUAAUACCAGUACAUAUUGUGACACACACCCCUUGUCCGGUUGACUUCUUAAUUUACUUCUUUGGCACUCUCGGACCCUGUAAACCAUUAUAUUAGGGCAUGUGUUUUGCAGUUUAAGUUUCAGAGCAAAUUAGAUUUGGGUUCAAUUCCUCCUCCAAUUUUUAAAAAAAUUCAUCUGUCUCUGGUAGUUUUCCUAAUCGUCAUAUGCAGCUUAUU